GACACCUACAGUGUACAUGUGCGUACGUGUAACAUCUCCAUGAAGGGAUGUAUGAAAUUUUGUUGCACAAAUAUCUGUGAUGGCACAGUAAGUUGGCACCAUCGAAACAGCCAAAACUGUGUUUAGGCGAUUAUGCAAGUACAGUACUGUUGUUAGAUAUUAGAUCUCUCUGCAUUUCUUGACUGUGGGCCCCGAGCUGAACCAAGGGAGGGUGCGAUGUUCCUAGGAACAGGGGUUCCAUUGUACUAACUGCACGUUGAUACUGGUAGUUCACAAACAAUGUUGCUCUCGCAUCGCUAAGUUCCAACAAAAUAAAAAAAUCCCAACCAAAAUCACUCUUUUCAACCGACAAGGGGGUGCUUCUACAUGUACUUAAGGCAGGUAUUUAAAAUGUAUACGGUACAUGUACAUGUAAAUUUGUAAAUUUCAAUUUUAAAUGCUGAAGCUAUUCUUUGAAAAUGGAUAGUUUUGGUUUUAAUUUGUACUUCUGAAUGAGCAGUUUUAAUGUUUCCCUGUCAUUCAACUCCAGAGUUGAUUAAAACUGACAGCAUGACAUGUGGCGGCGCAUGAGUUGGUUGGCACACAAGUUGGUCAAUGUACGAGUUGACCAAUCCACUUACAUGUACGAAUUGAUGGAUGAAACAACGCACACAUUGACAGAUGUCUCCGACUCUCCACCACCCAGGGAAGGAUUUAUGGUGUUACGUGAACUACACGAAGAUCUCCUAACAGCACAGUUUAAAGAUGCUGAUCUUAGCAAACAAAUAGCACAGGGACUAACAUUGCCCAGAGUGACUCUUGGUGUGGAGACACUGUCUUCCCUAGCAACAGAUGAAGAUGCUCCCUCAGCAUUCUUACCUUGUGAUGCCCAUUUGCCAUUGUGGAAGAAAGCAUGGUACCUAUACAAGGAGAAUGGAACUUGUGGUCUGCUCAAUGAACUGACCAAGAGAAACACAGAAGCACCUUCGGUUAUGUCAACAGUUGCAUGUGGUUGCCUGGCAGCGAUCAGAUGGUCAAGCUCACUACGUGGCUCUUUUUAUCCCCAUAUGGUACUACCAAAUGAGAAAAUAGUUUCACAGUUCAGUCAAACAUGCAGCUGGGAAGAGUCAGCAAUACGUGCAUUAGCAUGGCAUCCACAUACCAACAAAUGUGCAGUAGCAUGGAAUGAUGAUGUUGUCAGAAUAUUCACAGCCAACAGUGAUCUAGUUCCCACACUGAAGCAUCGCGUUCAACGUUGUGUGGCCUGCAUAACUUGGAAGCCUCUAUCUGCAUCCGAUCUAGCUGUUGCUUGUCUAGCAUGUAUCCUGAUUUGGCACAUAGAUCCAUCAUCCCUUUCCAUAAGGCCAUCUGCCAGUUGUGCCCAGAUAUUGAGUCAGAGUGGUCAUGGACCAAUAACCAGCUUAGCCUGGGAUCCUAGAGGAAGGAUCUUAGUGUCUGCAUCUCCAUGUGAUACAGCUAUGCGGGUUUGGGAUGUUGCCAGAGAGACUUGUGUUGCAUUGAGAAGGAAUGGUGGAGGAGGUGUGUCACUACUCAGAUGGUCCGCUGAUAACACCAAGCUGUUUGCUGCAACUCCAUCCAAAAUGUUUAGAGUUUGGGAAACCAAAACUUGGAGCUGUGAGAAGUGGCUGGAUCUUUUAGGUCACUGCCAAGCAGCCUGCUGGAGUCCUGAUAGCAACAUGCUGCUGUUCUGCACGGAGAAUAAGCCUAUUAUCUAUGCCCUUGGAUUCAAAGAUAUUGGGGUUAGCAGAGGAGCAAAAACUGCCGUCCAGUGUGCAGAUAUGUCCAAGGUUAUGCUGCAGUGUCGUACAGAGGAAACCAGUGUUGGAGGUCUAAUUCAAGACAUGGCAUGGGAUCCUACUGGUGAGAGACUAGCUGUGUUAUUCAAACCACACGACAAAGACACUGACAACCUGAUUGUACUCUUCAGCACUAGACUGGAACCCGUGCUGGAACUCAUUCCAAGUGGCUUUGUGCGUGGUGAGCCAGGACAGAUACCCGAGUUGAUAGCCUUUAAGCCUAACUUCAGACAAGGAGCCCUCCUCACAGUGUGUUGGCAGAGUGGAGAGGUGUCUUAUAUCCCAUUGAUGUUUAUGCCAACCCAAGCCAUCAAAGACACAGCUAACUCUACCUUCAAGAUCCCUGGUGCCAAUGCACCACUUUCAAAGGAGCUUUUUUCAUUAAGUUAAUCCGUGUGAGCUUCUCCUUGAAAUCCACUCAAAUCUAGGUUUAGGCCCCCCAAAAGUCACCAGUUUCUGGUCAUCGCACACAUUGCCAUAGACCUGUGCAUUGGCAAUAUAAAAAGUUUUAAUUUGGUACAGACAUGUACAAUGUCCAGAGGCUGUCAAACUUACUUGAUCGAAUGGAAUCCUACUAUUGCGUAAUUUUAACAUGUUUUAGUAAACAAGGCCCCUAAACAUUUACUCAGGCACUCUUUCAGAUGACAUCAUUUCUGUAUGAUACAUUUACAUCUGCGAACCAGACAAACAAGGUGAUCUUAUGUCCUGUGUACAUGUACAUCUACGAGCUGGAAAUGCUUGUGAACAGUAAAUAGUGAGGGGGCUGGUCUACAAUGUAUUUCAGUGUUGGUAGCGGCAGUAUGUACGUACAAGCACAAAAAAAUAAAAGCCAUGUCGCUGCAGACCUGUUGGAGCCAGCCCCUGACCAGAAACUGGAGACUUGGGGGGCUUAUGUAACAAUUCUAAAUUCUAAUUAAGAAUGUUUGAAGACUUGCAAAGUACACGUACAAGAGCUGACAUAUUUCAGUUACAAAGUCCAAAUGUAAUGUAUGUGUACCCCUUUUCAACAAGACACACCUUUUAGGUUUAUUUUGUAAUUGAGACUCCCUAUUUUAAACUUGAGAGUGUGUGCAUACGGCAUCGCAGCAACAGUACAAUCAGUUGUCAGAAAGUUGAGGUUAUCCAUAUGGGUUGAAUUUCAUUUUUUACAAUGAAAUUCAACCCAAAAGGAUACAUCAUUAUUUCUAUGCUGUUCUGAGCAGUAAUUGUUUGGUUAAUACAUAUAUUUGCCAAUGCUAUAAUUUUCAAGAUGUAUUUUUGCGUUGGGGAGAUGUUAAUUUAUAUAACGGGUUUUGCCCUUACCCAAC